GAUAUUCAGGAGAUGGUGUUACAUGUACUGACAUUGAUGAGUGUGUCACAGCAACUCACAACUGUCAUGGUGUAGCUCAGUGUUACAAUAAGGAGGGCUCUUUCAUCUGCGAGUGUAGGACUGAUUACGAAGGAGACGGGAUUUCAUGUGAGCCCCUAGGAGAUUUCUCUGUCAUGAUUAGGAACAUAUCCAAGGACAAAUAUUUGGCGACUAUUGUCAAACGGUCUGAAAAAAGUAUCCAGCAGGCAAUCAUAGAAGAUCUUCCAGAUAAACCUGUGCUGGAAAGUGUCAUGGAAUGGCGUUUGAUCAGUGAACAGGAGUUAGCAGCAUCCGAGUCACCAGUGGGAACAUUAGUCAGUCAAGGAACUGCACAGUGGACAAUAAAUAGGAGAUCCGUACCUGUUGGAAUCUAUCAAGUUAAGUUCACUGCAUCUAUUAAAGUCGGUGAUUUAUCUUCCUCGAAUACGCUAAAUGCUUUUGACUACGGCUUUAUCAAAGUUAUUGCAGCUCCUGUGCGAGCCAUAAUCGAUGGGGGAAGCAGUGUUCUCUGGGGUUCUGAUGACACGGUAACAGUGGACGGUUCCCUUAGCUAUGAUGGAGAUAUCGGUCCUGGAAACCAUACUGGGCUGAAAUUUACUUGGUCUUGUUAUCAGCUUCCAUAUAAUACUUCCAUCAAUGACGGUUACUCUGGUGCUUUUGAGGGAGACGUAACUCUAACGUCCAUAGACAUUACUCCUCGUGGACUUGUUAUUAGAAGCCCAUACGUUCUCAGGCUGACAGUGUCCAAAGGUGAUAGAAGUAAUUUUGCCGAAAUUACUUUUGAGAUAGCAGCUGGUGAGAUACCUCAAGUUAGCUUAAGGUGUUUCGUAGAUUGUGGUAAAAUAGUGUCUGCUUCCAACAAGUUUCGAGUGACCUCCGAGUGUCUUAAUUCCCCUUGUAUUGGUUCAGAGUACAGAUGGCAAUUAAUGAAGAUAAAUGACGAUUCAAAGGAACUGGAGCUUAUAACUAUUCUACCCAAUAUGACAUCAACAGCAUUAAAUGCUACUAACAUGAUAAUAAAGAAGAAUUCUUUGCAGUCAAGCUCAAAAUACGCUCUGAACUUGACUGUAAUACCUCCUGGUGGGACAGCAGGAUUUGCAGUGCUUGAGUUUGAGACAGCUGGACAGCCCAAUAGUGGAUAUUGCAUGCCAUCAGCCGUUGUAGGUUUCUCUUUGGGAACAAAGUUUUCAUUUGAAUGCUUUGAAUGGCAAGAUAAAAGUAAACCACUAACCUAUGAAUUCCGCCUUGGAGACGAGCCAAUUUCCUAUGGCACCUCCUCAAAAUCUGUUUCGACAGUCUUACCUUCUGGGUCACCGGAAAACGAUUAUCAGCUGUCCAUUAACGUCAUCAUCAAGAAUGCUGUCGGCGUAGCUGUUGUAGAGAAGCUCUCCGUCAAGGUGGUGCCAUCAUCUGAACUCGAUCCCUGCCGUUCACCGGUAGAAGAAGUUUCCAACAAGUUGAAAGGUUUUGUCAUUGGGGAUAACAGCGACUUAGAUGAAUUUCUAAAGAAGGGUGAAAUUAGCCAAGCCUCCCAACUUGCCAUAACUGUUCUCAAAUCAGCCGACGAGGAAACAGAAUGCGGCCAAACGUUAAGCCUGGAUACUAAAACACGGAUUUCGAGUACGUUGAUAGAAAAGUUCACCUCCAUAAAGCCAGAGGACCUUCAGAUGUCUCGAACUAUUAUGAGUGUAGUCAAACUAGCAGGCGGUAACCAAGAAUCUCAAUCUUGCAGUGACUGUGGGAAUGCUGCGAAUGAAACUAUGAAACUAACGGAUGCCACAACAGAAUUACUUAAGUCUGCCCUUAGUGACUUAGAAGAGCCUUUUUCUGAUGAACUGGAAGAAUCGGCUCUGAGUAUUACCGCUUGUCUAAAAAACGUUCUACAGUCUGCCUCAGGGUCGAGCAAUGGAAGUGGAGAUUCAAGGAAGAAUAUUGAAUCUGAGAAGAUGAAAGCUGUAGACUUUAAUCCGUUCAGUUGGGACAAUAGCAGCAAGAAAGUGCAGUCCAGUGUCAUUAGCCUUGAGCUUCAAACGGAAAAUACAACAAAACUGAAUGUCUCAAACCUCGAUAAUUACAUUGAAAUAGUUAUACCUAUCUCCACCCCACCUCCAAAUACGAGCAACGGUACAGAGCAUUAUUUUCUAAAGCCAGAAAAAUUGACCAUGAGAAGCUACUACGCUGACCUAGCAGAUGUACCUGUUUCCAUAAGGGUGGGUGUGGCAGAGGAGGAAACAGUUAAAGUGUUUGUUAAAUUUGGGUCAAGACCUACCACAGAGGACUCUGAUCUCAACUUUACGGUAAAGGUCGCGUCAAAGUGCGGAAAUGGGACAAAGAGUGAGGCCAACGACACCUCGUGUAUUCCACAAGAGAGAACCGUUACUGUACUUCCUACCGAACCAGGUCAAAUUUAUAUAGGUUUAUUGUUCGAAGAAUCGAAAAAUACAAGCAAGCAUUCCAGAGAGAGACGGUCAUGUUUCGGCCAUGGUCGCCAGAGACGAUCAUGUGUUGGCGUAAAAGAUCCACCUCCACAAGGGAUCCUUCAGACGAUUAUGCCUCAAUUUAACCCAGAUACAGAUAUUAACUAUACGCUAAGUAUAACUCAGUCAAGUUGUCUGUAUUGGUCUGAAGAAGAGGAAAAAUGGACAUCCGAUGGUUGCAAGGUUGACCUGGGCUCUAAUACCACGCAUCUUAAAUGCCUCUGCAACCAUCUGACGUCUUUCGGCGGAAACUUCAUCCAAGCGCCUAAUCCCAUCGACUUUGACAAAGUUUUCACAGAGUUUGCUCGACUUAGCGAGUCAGGCAACAUUUCUGUGCUCGUGACAAUUGCAUGUGCGUUCCUUCUUUACUUUGUAGCGCUUGUAUUUGCAAGGAGGGCUGACAAAAGAGAUGAAAUCAAGCUUUUCCCACCGCUACAGAUAAAUCUUGCUGAAGAAGGAACAUACUACUACGAUAUGGUUAUUAGCACUGGUGUUUGGAAAGAUUCAGCAACAACGGCGAACGUAACGAUGACCAUAAAAGGGGAAAAUAAUGAACACGAUCUCAUAGCUCUUCAAAAAAACGGAGAUUUACAGGAAAUCUUUAGUCGAGGAGGUAUAAAUGGUUUUGUUUUAGUUACAAACGGGUCAUUAGGAAAUCUAAACGAAGUAACUUUGGAACACGAUAAUUCAGGAGAUAGUCCAUCCUGGUUUGUAGAAACAGUGGUUAUCAGAGACAGACAAACAGAAGAACGUUGGGUGUUCCCUAUAAAUAGGUGGCUUGCAUUAGAAAAAGACGAUGGGCAGAUAGAAGUUAGUGUACAAAGCAAAGCAGCUACAUCUUUUUCGGCGGAGGUGAGGUCGCGCUUUGGGAGAAAGAUAGCUGACAGUCAUUUGUGGAUGUCAGUGUUUGGUAAAGCGUGCAGUAGUAAAUUCACGCGCGUUCAGAGAGCGUCGUGUUGUUUGUCGAUUCUCUUCAGUGCAAUGAUAGCCAAUGCCAUGUUUUAUAAUAUUGGCGGGGAAUCAGCGGGAGCAAUACAGAUCGGACCUUUCAAGUUUUCCUGGAGACAAAUAGUCAUUGGAGUACAGAGUGGUAUAAUAGUUGCACCUGUAAACAUUAUUAUCGUGUUUCUGUUUAACUCUAGUCGAACGAAAAAGAAGAAGGAAGACAAGUACAAAGAAUCAUUUAAAGCACAACAGCUCGUCGAUGAAAUAAACGGUCAAAGCUGUGUGCUUCCUCAUUUCUUUGUAUACAUCGCUUGGUUUCUCUGCUUUGUCACCAUUAUGACAGCAGCAACAUUUACGUUAUUUUACAGUCUGAUGUGGGGUAAGGAAGUCUCUGAGCAGUGGCUGGCGUCUAUCCUUAUAUCAAAUGGACAAGACGUUUUUGUUAUGCAACCAACAAAGGUCAUGUUGGCGGUUCUUUUAGUUUCCUUUCUUUUUACGAGAAACAAACAAGCUCACGAGGAAGAGGAAGGUGUUGGAGAGGGUGAGCCUCUUACCAAUGACAUGGAUUUUUUAUGCGAUAAUCCUAAAUAACGCUUUAAACAGAGCCUCGUGGAGAAAAUGCGCAUACGAAGCAGAAAAGAGGCUAAACUUGCAGGAAUGGCGAGGGGAAUUAUCCUCCAUUUGGCAUUUGUGUUUCUGCUGUCUGUAGUCUGCUAUGGCAACAAGAAUGAGAAUCGUUUCUUGAUGACAACAGAGAUGAAAAAUACUUUCAGAAGCUUUGAACUGGUAACUGAUUCUCAGAGACUUUCGAGAUGGCUGACUGGGCAAUUUCUGCCAAAUGUGUUCAACCAAGACUGGUAUAAUGGCCUUGAAGAGCCGAAAGAUGUUUACAUCGCCAAUAAGAUGUCCAUAUUGAUUGGCAUGCCUUGGAUGCGACAGUCGAGAAUUCAUAAAAGUGUUUGUGAAUCACUUCCUGGAACUAUAACAGACUGCUACUACGACUAUUCUCCAGAGAGAGAGGACACAACAGAGUUGAGUCUUCCAGGCUGGUGGCCACUUUCUCUCAAUGCGUCCUGGCCAAAGGCACUUCGAAUUUGUCCGAAACCAUGGCGUUAUCAGAGUGCUGAAACUCUGGACACUGGCCUUGUAAAGGCCGUAUACAACACUUAUGGUGGAGGUGGCUACGUAGCCGUCCUGGGAUAUGACGAGAAAACGGCAAAUCGUGUCUUAAGUGAGACUUUUGGCAGCGGCUGGCUUGAUCGAAAAACUCGUGCUGUAGUCUUGGAAUUUGCGACGUUCAACAUCAAUACGAACCUUAUCAGCAUUGUCACGUUUAUCUACGAGAUGAUUGCGGCUGGUGCAGCCUACUCUGUGACUAGGGUAGACACCCUCGAGUUGUACAGUACGGAAUCAGGAGCUCUUAUGUUUUAUCUCAUUUGGCAGUUUUUAUUUUUGGCAAUGGUAUUAUUCUACUUUAUCAUGAUGCUGUAUCACUUUUAUCGACAACGGUUGGGAUUUUUCAAGUCUGUCUGGAACAUGGUUGAUUUCUUGAUGAUCAUCUCUUCUACAACGUCCGUGGCGUGCUACAUGAUGAGAUCCAAGAAAAUAUUAAACAGCAUCGAUGCAAUUAAAAAAAAUCCUUUCGAAGUAUUUCAUUUUCAUUCUGCUCUAAACUGGGCCAGCUGGGAAAACGCUUCUAUUGCUCUUGCAAUUUUUAUGGUUACAGUGAAGCUCUUAAAUCUGAUUCGUUUUAAUCCUUAUGUCAUAUAUUUGUUUUCAUCUUUCCGUCGGUCUAUAGGCUACCAACUUUCCUAUUUGGUUUUCUUUGUCAUAGUAUUUAACGCUUUUGUCAUAUCAGGAAUGCAGCUUUUUGGAGGAGUAGUUUAUCAUUAUUCUAGUUAUCUGCAGGCUGUCAUUUCACAAUUAGAAUUUCUGUUGGGAAAAGCAGUACCAAUUGCUGACCUUCGCAAAGAUAAACCUUUCAUUGGUCCAACUUUUGUUCUCCUGUUCAUGUUAAUGAUGACCAUAUUUCUUAUGAAUAUGUUGGUAUCUGUCCUAAACGAGUCUUACACUGACGCCAGGGAAAACGCAGAAGAAAGGGCAGAAGAGCUUGAAAUGGCGCGUUUUAUUGGGGAACGUUUCAUAGACUUAUUCCAAGAGGGUAAAAGGCGACCUGAAUUUAAACUAUUUUGUGACGACGCAACUUUUGUGAAUAUGUGUCGUUCGGACGCAGAACCAUUCUGUUUGAAUUCUCAAAGUCUCCUUCAGUGCACGGAGGAACGAUUAGGAACAUUAGAUAAAAGAAUAAGCGCGCUUAUUAGACGCACAGAGAACAUCGAUGGGGAUGAACUAAACGAGGAUAAAGAGUUUAUUUCUCUCUUCGACUCAAUGGUUAAUGCUCAUUAA